AUGCAUCGACAGACAUUGCCCAUUGAUCAAUUGGGUGCUUGGGCUCGAUUGAACAAUGUCGAGUUCAAUGGCGUUAAGAUCAUGGCUUCGCAAGGAGAUAAGGGUUCAGGCUUGGUCAUGACCGCUGAGAGAUCAAUAGACAACCCGUUGCUCAUGACAAUCCCGAAUGACCUCGUCCUGUCUCUUGAAAAUGUAUGGGUGUACGCGAAAUCAGACAAGCAUCUACGCCAGGUCCUCGAAGCUACCGGAGAUUACUCAAGGACAGCAAGGGGAGCCAUCCUGAUAUUCUUGCUCCUGCAAGUGACCAACGGUGCCACUGGAGGCAGCAUAGGAGUCUCCAAUCCGUUCAGCGAAUACGUGAAAUUUCUUCCACUCAGGGUCCCCUUGCCCACAACUUGGAAUGAGAGCGAACGAGCGAUAGUUACAGGAACUUCUCUUGAAGCGGCUGUAAGUGCUAAAUUGAAUGGCUUGGAUCGUGAAAUUACUCUUCUGAAAGAGAAGACGUCGUCAAUCGACUGGUGUCAGGAAUGCUGGUGGGACGCAGCCAGUGGCACAUUGACGCUCGAUGACUGGAAAACGGUCGAUGCAAUGUAUAGAUCUCGGGCUUUAGACUUGCCUGGUACCGGACAUUCUAUGGUCCCAUGCAUUGAUAUGGCGAACCAUGCUUCGGGCGGCAGUACCAGUGCCCUGUAUGAGACCGACGGCGACGGCAAUGCCAUUCUUGUCCUUCGAGAAGGUAAGGACUUGGCUCCGAAUGACGAGGUUACAAUCACGUAUGGAGACGAGAAAGGUGCCUGCGAGAUGCUGUUCUCCUAUGGCUUCAUUGAAUCGACUGUGAAGUCCGCCCGAGAGCUUUUCCUGGACCUUAGCAUCCCAGAUGAUGACCCUUUGAAGCUCGCGAAGAAAGCCGUUGCUCAAUCAGCACCAGGCUUUCGUCUUUUUCUUCGCGGUGACUCUACAGAUUGGGAGUCCUCCUUUGUAUGGCUGCUUUGUGUUAACGAAGAGGAUGGUCUCGAAAUCAAAUUAUUGCAGAAGAACGAUGGUGAAAGGGAGCUGCAGGCUUCCUGGAAAGAUAAAGAGAUAACGGACAUGUCAAAUCUAGUUAAGCUGCUGAAAUUGGAACCAUUGUGGGAUGUGUUUGCAUUACGAGCAAUCAUUACUUGUCAGAACCGCGUCGAACAGCAGCUCUUCAGGCUCGAGGGCAGCAAGAACUCCGUCGACGAGCUAUUGAUCAUUGGGGAGGUUGAUAAUGACAUUCGUGCGAACGCAAUGCAAUUGCGACAUUUGGAAGAGAUCUUAUUGCUGCACGCUUACGGGGAUUUUGAGACCAAGAAAUCUCAAAUACUCGAUUCACCAGUCGUCCAGCAGUAUCUUGGCGCCACGAUGGCCUCGAAUCCGGGCGUGUCCGAAGACGACUUUUCUUAA